CAAAGCUUCCAUACUCCUGAUAUCUGCAAUACCAAUUUUGGUUAUUCGAGAAACAAGUAACUGUGCAUCGCAAAAUGUUAUUGGAAACGCCUCCCCAUCUCAUACAGCUCUGAAAUCAAAAUUCCAAACUAUCCGCAUUUCGUAUUUUAGAAGAGUUCAGGGACAACUCUAUAGAAAAUCCGGUGAACCUGACGUUUUUUUCUUGCUCGAAUUUGCCAAGUGGAAUCGAUUGUAAAAGACAGGAGUUUAAUGAAAAAGAAUCUAUCGUGGAGUGGAUGGCGAUAAGCGUUUGUCGAAAAGCGUAUCCGUUGGUCUGGUGAUAAAUAUAUUAUAAUGGGGAGCGGAUUGAAAUUUGGGCGUGAAGCUCGAAAAAUUGGCGGGAAAAUGGAGAUGCACGGCAGCGACCGUGACGGAAGAGUAGCUCCGGUGUCGGAGGUGGGUAGGUGGGAGCGGCGCGGCGCGGCGCACGGUGGUGAGGGUAGAAAGAGAGAAGGUAGGAGAGAGCGCGCGCGCGAGUGAAAGAGGAAAGCAGGAGUUACGGGGCGAAAGCAGAGAGGGUGGUUCGGCCGGCCGGCCAGUCGUGCUGUGGCGGCAACCACGACGCGUAGUCGCUUCACGUUUACCGCGAUGUUGCCAAACAACCCCCUCGGGCAUCCUUUCGAACCCUCGAGGACCGAUCCGAGAAAGGGAUGAACCAAGUAGAAAGAUCGCCGUCCGGAUCGGGACACGCGUCGAGGAUGCUCAGGGACCGUUGAGCUCCGGAUGGCUGCUCGUCCUGUGCCGUCCGCAUCCUAGCCUCCACGCCUAAUAUCUGCUGGCACGAUCCGUUGCGGUCUGGGUCAGUGGGAUCGUCCUGGUGCUUCUGACCGCUCGAACCGCAACCGAAACCUCUCGAGCGCCUCGCGAUCGACGACGAUCGAGAUCACCCGAAAUUCCAACGUCCUCCCCGACGGUGGCGGUAAACAAAGGAGGAUCCAGAGGAACUUUCGAUACGGUCGGUGGAUCGCUUCGGGAACACGUGCAGGGGGAGGUCUCGGGCUCGCGAAUCGAUUCGAGGGUACAAGUGGUUUUGGUGGUUCGUCCGGACGGAUCGCUGAUCGUCCAGAUCGGCUUACCCGCUCGUAUCGAGGGGAGGACUCGGUCAUCGGAGGAUCGUCCGAAGGUGGCAAGAUCGAGGCCGACAAACCGGAGACCCGGGCUCGUCAACGGGAUCGUCGAGGCGACAGUUUGUAAACUCGAAGAGACUGGAGAUGCUGGAGAGGAGGAAGAUCGAGACUGCGACGCGGAGGACUCUCGCCGUCGAGAAUGCGGCAGACGACGGGGCGCGGACAACGAGAUAACUUUGGAUUCGUCUGGUUCGUUGUCACGGGUUGUUCGGUGCGCCAAAACCGUCGUUGGAAAUGGAUGAAGCUGGUCCUCGCGAAUCGUUAUCGAUCGAACCGAGAGACUCUGAACGAACCAAAACCGAAGCAGCCGAAACGAUGUAAAUAGCCGAGUUAAACGAUACGCGCAAAGGGCCUAACUAGUCAGCGACCUAACGCUAUUGCGCGAGACGAGCUUUUCUACUCCGAUCGACAACUCCAAUCCUCGCUAACCGUUCGGCCGUCGUUUCUAAAUAACAUGCCUUAGACCGACUUUAAAGAUAUCCGCGACACAUACCUAGCCUGAAAUUAUUAGGAAUCUCGAAAGCUAGGCGCAGAAGAGGGUAAAAUGUGAUCUUCGUGGUCGGCCAAGUCGGAAAGCUAGACAGUCAACGGCUAAAAUGUACCAUCCUCUCACCUGGAUGUUGGUACUCCUGGUAUCGCUUGAGCAGCUUUCGGUGGUGUCCCAGACGAAGGCGCACAGCGAAAGAGAAGCCGUUCUAAUACCCGGCGAUAUCGUUCUGGGCGGUCUGUUUCCGGUACACGAGAAGGGCGGCGCCACCUGCGGACCGAACGUCUACAACCGCGGCGUGCAGCGUCUCGAGGCGAUGCUGUUCGCCGUCGAUCAAAUCAACGAAGACAAAAGGACGCUGCCUGGGAUCACGCUAGGCGUCCACAUCCUCGACACGUGCGGCCGAGACACCUACGCGCUGAAUCAGAGCUUGCACUUCGUCAGAGCGUCCCUGUCCAAUCUGGACAUCAGCGUUCUCGAGUGCGCCGACAAGUCCGUACCAAGGGUGAAGAAGACGGCCACCGCCGGACCGAUCUUCGGGGUGAUCGGGGGAUCCUAUAGUUCGGUGUCUCUUCAGGUGGCCAAUUUGCUUAGGCUUUUCCACAUCCCCCAGAUAUCGCCGGCAUCCACCGCCAAGGCCCUCAGCGAUAAAACCAGGUUCGACUACUUCGCACGAACGGUGCCUCCGGACACCUUCCAAUCGAUCGCCCUGGUGGACGUGGUGAAGAGCGCCAAUUGGUCGUACGUCUCGACCGUGUACUCGGAGGGCAGCUACGGGGAAUACGGAAUCGAGGUGUUCACGCGGGAGGCGACCGAGAGGAACGUGUGCAUCGCGGCGGCGGUGAAGGUGCCGGGGGCGGCGGACGACCGCGUGUUCGACGACAUAAUUCAGAGGCUAAGCAAAAAGUCGAACGCCAGGGCGGUGAUACUGUUCACCCGCGCGGAGGACGCGAGAGGUAUCCUCGAGGCGGCGAGACGAUCGAACCUGAGCCAACCGUUUCAGUGGCUGGCCAGCGACGGUUGGGGCCGACAGAGCAAGCUGGUGGAAGGGCUAGAGGAGGAGGCCGAGGGCGCCAUCACGGUCGAGCUUCAAUCGGAGAAUAUACCGGGUUUUGACGAGUACAUGGCCUCUUUGACGCCGGACACCAAUCGACGGAAUCCCUGGUUCGGCGAGUACUGGGAGGAGGUGUUCGGUUGCGUCCCGAAGCGAUACGCCACGGCCCAAAACGCGACCGUGUGCACCCCGAACCUGAGACUGAACGCGGCGACCGGAUACGAGCAGGAGUCCAAAGUCCAGUUCGUGGUGGACGCGGUGUACGCGUUCGCGUUGGCCCUCCACAACCUUCAGCGGGACGUGUGCACGAAGAACUCGGGUCUGUGCGCCUCGAUGGCACACUACGACCGCGGGGCGUUCUAUAGGAAUUAUCUACUGAACGUGUCCUUUACAGACGCUGCUGGCAGCGAAGUGAAGUUCGACGAGCACGGGGACGGUCUGGCACGGUACGAGAUCCUCAACUUCCGGAAAUCGGACCUGAACGGGUCUAAUGGAUACCACUAUCGGGUGGUAGGAAAAUGGUACAACUCGCUGGACAUCCACACGGAUGAGCUCGUCUGGGCAAAGGGUACGAAGGAUAUACCGACUUCUGCGUGCUCAUUGCCCUGCGAGCCAGGUAUGAUAAAGAAGCAACAGGGUGACACUUGUUGCUGGGUGUGCGACCAGUGCGAGGAGUACCAGUUCGUCCAAGACGAGAAAACCUGUAAGGAUUGCAACGCCGGCUAUUGGCCGCACGAGGACAAAAGGGGAUGCUACCAGCUACCGAUCAACUACGUCAGAUGGAAUAGCGCAUUCGCGAUCGUUCCGGCGGUGAUAUCGUGCCUUGGAAUCGUAGCUACCCUCGCGGUCGCGUGUCUGUUGUUCCACCAUAGAGACACUCCAGUGGUUAGAGCGUCUGGACGCGAGCUGACCAUCAUUCUGUUGGCCGGGGUGCUCGUUUGUUAUUUGAACACGUUCAUCUUGCUCGCGACGCCCACCAAAGUCACCUGUGUUCUUCAGAGGCUCGGUGUGGGGGUGAGUUUCAGCGCAGUAUACGGUGCUCUGUUGACCAAGACCAACAGGAUCGCUAGGAUAUUCGAUUCCUCGAGGUCGGUGGUCAGACUCAGGUACAUCAGUCCCACCUCGCAAGUCUGCAUCGCUGCCGCCCUGAUCGCGUUGCAGGUCGUGAUAACGUUGGUGUGGAUGAUCAUCGAGCCGCCCGACACGAGGUUCGUCUACCCGACACGCAAGCAGGUGAUACUCAAGUGCAAGAUCCAGGAUAUGAGCUUCCUCUUCUCGCAGCUGUACAAUGCCCUCCUGAUCGCCGUCUCCACGAUCUACGCGGUGAAGACGCGCAAAAUACCGGAGAACUUCAACGAGAGCAAGUUCAUCGGCUUCACCAUGUACACCACUUGCAUCAUCUGGCUGGCGUUCGUGCCGAUCUACUUCGGGACCGGAAACGCGCACGAAACCCAAAUUACCACGCUCUGCGUGGCGAUUAGCCUCAGCGCUUCCGUGACCCUGGUCUGUCUCUACUCGCCCAAGGUCUACAUCAUCCUCUUUCAACCGGACAAGAACAUUCGUAGAAAAGUCACUAUGGCCGAUAAGUUUAAGAAGCAAGGCAGCAGCGUGGGAACUUCUUCCAUUACCAAGUACACUGGCUGUGAGCUGACCAGCGAGAGCAUGCCUCUUCAGAGCGCGCUGACGGCCGCCGUGCAGACGUCGGUGGGCGUGACGGAGAUCUCCCUAGCCUCGAACACAUCGGCCAAAACUAAUAACGAGCAAGUGGCGGAGCUAUAGAGCUACUUUCGCGGCCCAUAAUUCAGAUUUCAGACCGCUGCUGUGUCCUGGCCAGUAGCCAACCGAUAACACCGGCCGGAAGGGCCGCGAGUGAAUAGUGCGAAUGUGUACUAAUAAAAAGAGGAUUCUCUCCGCCGGUCGUCAGAGAAAUGUUGUGCAUUAGAUCGAGGUAGAAAAAGGACGAGCACGUCCGUUGAUAACGGGCCGGUUGCACAAAGAAUCGUACGCCUGGCCCGACAAAAGCUCUUCCUUCUUCUUGCCAGGCGCGUGGCGUUUCGCGACUUUGAAUCCUCGACGGACUCGUCGCGGCUAGGCUUAAGUUAUUUGCAUAGACUCGGGCAGUCGAAGGUAGCUGAAAGAAAGUCCUAUCGGAGUAACAUACAAAAGACUACGGGAACGCGUGGGAAUGUAAAUAAGCUUAGAAUCGUGUUGUAACUAGCAAGGGACAGGACAAACGUCUAAUGGAUGGACGACGAACUUUUAAUGAAAAACCUACGUUGCCUAUUGUCUAAUAACGACACUGAUCAUAUCGUCAUUGUCGUACACGUUCAAUCAUUGUACCCGUAUAUCGAGAUCAUUCGUAUCGUGAUCACUGUUAUCGUUAUUGUUACUGUUAACGUUAACUUCGUGAAUUAUAUAUGAACGAUAUACACACGCAUAUGUAUAAGUAUUACGCACGCAAACCGCGAUGGCACGAGACCGCGGGCGUUACAAGGAAAAUCGAAAACGACAUUUCUUCGUUACUUUUUACUUCGAAAUUCUAGAACCGGCAGAAAAAAAUUUGAAUCAAAUCGACGAUAAAAUACUACUGCGACCACUUCUCGUAACUAUGAUAACGAACGAAACAUUGACGAAGGGAGGGGAACAAUCGGAAACGCAAAUGAAUUUUACAAUGUUUGUAGGAUCGUUUACUGGUUUAACGAACCGACUAAUUGACGCGAUUAAAGUCGCAUCGACCGCGCGUCGCGAAUUAAAUUCGAUCGAAGCUAAUAACGACGACAGAUUCGAGUUUUCUCGCGACGCGUCGUUAAAUCGCGGCUCGUGCCAGGAAUUAUUCUGUCGAAAACGGUUCGCUCACGCAAAUGUAAUUAGCUUGUUCGAGUGAUCGACGUUCAUUGUCCAUUCUUCUCACGUAGAUCGUUGACGAUGCGAAGGAGAAAAUAUUUACAUUCCGCGAAAUGUAUA